AUGAAAUUCCAAAUCAAUUGCUAUGUGGAGUCUUGUGAAAUCUGCCAAAGAAGUAAGGGCCAUGUACUCAACUAUGCUCUCAACCUGCUUUCUAUCCCUGCUGGUCCCUGGGAAGACAUCUCAUAUGAUUUCAUUGUCAAGUUUCCCAAGUGUAAGGGUUAUGACAGCAUCCUGGUGGUUGUAGACUGCUUCUCAAAGAUGAUGCACUUGAUUCCCUGCAAGGAGGCUGCCACUGCUGAGGACAUAGCUCAGAUGUUCCUGGAGCAUGUCUGGAAGCUACAUGGCACUCCCAAGCGUACUGUGUCUGACAAAGGGACUACAUUCAACUCCAAGUUUCUUAAGGCACUCUAUAAAUCUCUGCAAAUAAAUCCUAGUUUCUCUACUGCUUAUCACCCACAAUCUGAUGGGCAAACUGAGAUCAAGAACCAAUGGCUGGAGGCUCAUUUACGUCCCUUCAUCAAUCAUAGACAGUCUGAUUGGGUUGAUUGGCUCCCACCGGCUGAAUUUGCUCAUAACAAUGCCAGAAGUGAAGCAACAGGCAAAUUACCCUUUGAAAUUGUGUAUGGCCACUCUCCUGUCAUUUCACCACUCCUGGAACUCACCAGAUCACCUGAUGCUGAUGACAGAGCCAAGCAACUGGCUGAGACAAUUCAGGAAGUACAGGCAUCAAUCAAAUGGGCUCAGGAGCACUACAAACAGGCAAACACAGGGAAACCACCUCCUGAGUUUCAACCAGGAGACAAAGUUUGGCUUCUGGCUUCCAACAUCAUAUUGCAGCAUCCCAGCAAAAAGCUAGACCAUAAACAGUAUGGUCCUUUCCCUGGCAUAGAAAGAGUGGGCUCUUGUGCUUAUUGCCUGGUAUUCCCUGAGACCAUGAAGAUACAUGAUUUGUUCCAUCAGAAGGAGAAGAAGAGGUCAGAUGGAAAGGAUGAGGACACAUGGGAACCAGCCAAGGAUCUACAGCAUUGCAAGGACAAAUUGUGCCACUUCUUUGCUAAUUAUCCAGAUGCCCUGGCCACCAACAACCCUGUUCCUGCAAAUGCGCACAGAGUUACAAGAGGUAAGGUAGUCAAGCAACUCAGCAAGUCCACAACUGCCCACUUUGUCACUUUACAAGCCCUCACCACCAAAACUUGCCCUGCUAAGCUCUUCUUGUGCUCCCCACUAUCCCAGCAUGCCUAUCUUCAGCUCUAUCAAUGCCUUGGCCUACAACCCUUGUCUCAACAUUGA